CUCACAAAAAUAAGAUCAAGUUUGCCAAAAACAAACCAGCAUCGGCAUCAACAGUAGUCUAGACUUCUGAUCCACCAUUAUAUUCACCAUGACACAGCUAGCUGCCGCCAUUCCAAAUCCCUCCAGCCCAAAGACACAAAAGAAAUCCCUGAAAGAGGUAAUGAACGAAUCGACCAUCUACCGCCGACAUCAGGCUCGAUUGCUGAAGAACAUGGAGAAGAAGGAUGAUCCAAGGCCCAAAGCGGUUCGCGUCUUGGGGGGGCUUCCUGGUUUCCGCACUUUUAGCCCUGAAUACGAGGCCCCAGGACAAGAGGUAUCCUCUCAAUCCUCUUGGAGUAUUGACUCCCCUGGUACCUCCGCCCCCACAGCUGCCUUCACUUUUCAAGAGGACGCGACAGUCUUUCAAUCCCAAGCAGCUUUCGAUGAGAACCCUAUGUUCGACAACCCCACAGCGCUACCUCGCCGAGGUGCCCCCCCUCAUUAUUCUGUGCUCACUGCAGGCGCCUUGGGAGCCUUGGCAGAGGCUUGUUAUGGGUCCACAAUGACCAAGAAAUCCGUUGGAAAUGUGUCACCCUUUCGCAAAGCAAUGGCUUCGUCUUCCCUGGCAACCGACCGAGCUACCGUGCCUCUACUGCAAGAACACGCCAAUGUGUCAUUCUUCAGACUUCAUGCGGCAUUUUCCAACGCUCCAUCUGUGAAUGCACAAUCAACGGCCCGGGCAGCCACCAAAUCACAGCUCGUGGCUGGAGCUUCUACAGCUUCCCUGCUGUUUGGGACCAAAGCCUUGGCAGAUGAAUUCUUGGCCAGGAGAGGCGACACAGAGGAGGCUGUGAAGUUCUCUCCAGUAUCUUCUGCGGUGGCAGGUGCAGCAGUGGCAGCUAUUAGCUUGAUUGAGCCUACCGAAGCCAAGUUGCUUCGAAACCCCAUGUCAACCCCAACCCAAGGAGUCGCCAAUCGAUUGAUGCAACAGAACUUGUUGCCACGCCAUAUCUUGGGAGCGACAAUAUACUUCUCUUCCUAUGAAAUGAUGAAAUCUAUCCUUGCCUCAAACGCAUCCAAUGUCAUUGACGCCAAGAAUGGCAGCAGCAACAGCAACUCUCCCAGCAUUAUCACUGUUGCCCUAUCUGGAGCCAUUGCUGGUGCACUCUAUCAGGGAACCCUUCUCUACAACACAAGUACACUUGCGCUCCCAAUGCAACAACAGCAAGCCAGGUUGGCACCCUACAUGAUUCGUGCUGCUCCGGCACAUGCGCUACUUUUCAUUGGAUAUGAAUGGAUCCAACAAGGCCACAAAAAGCAGCAUUAGGCUACAACUAUUAGCUAGAAACACACUAAAAGCAGAAACUCUUCUACAUUAGAGAAGUUUGCAUACAGUAACAAUACUAAACAGCAAAACCACUUU